GCUUUUUGAAAACGUUGGCGGUCGCUAAAUGUCUUAUAACAAGUAAAUAUCAGCUGGCACUACGAGUAAGCUGAGCGCCUGGUUGCUACUACGUGUUUUAGCGGUCGGCGUUGUGUUUUAAAUAGUAUUUUACACUUGACAUUGGUCUUUAUUGAAAUAAGAUGCAGAACAAGGAGAACACAGAUCCCAAAGUUAUCCAAAGACCAACAACUACAAUGUUAAGUGCGGGUCCACAGCGAAUUCAGGUUAACCGUCCAGAGGCUUCAGAUAAAAAUGCCAUCACAGGACCUGGGAGAGAACCUGUCAACUCUUCCUCUAGCUCACCCCCAAAGAAAUUCACCAUAGAGGACUUCGAUAUUGGACGGCCCCUAGGGAAGGGAAAAUUUGGGAAUGUGUAUCUUGCGAGGGAGAAAAAGUUGAAGGUCAUUGUGGCAUUGAAGGUGCUGUUCAAAUCUCAGAUGGAAAAAGAAGGAGUGGAACACCAACUUCGGAGAGAAAUUGAGAUUCAGUCUCAUCUUAGACACCCCAACAUCUUGCGCUUCUAUAACUACUUCCAUGACCGCAAGCGGGUCUUCCUUAUCUUGGAGUAUGCUCCACGAGGCGAGAUGUACAAAGAGCUGCAGCGAUGUGGUCGCUUUGAUGACCAGCGGACAGCCACGUACAUGGAGGAGUUGGCCGAUGCGUUGCAGUACUGCCACGAAAGGAAAGUGAUCCAUCGUGACAUCAAGCCAGAGAACCUCUUGCUGGGUUUCCGUGGAGAGCUGAAAAUUGCAGACUUUGGCUGGUCUGUCCAUGCACCAUCUCUGAGACGCAAGACAAUGUGUGGAACCCUGGACUACUUGCCUCCAGAGAUGAUUGAGGGAAGCACCCACGAUGAGAAGGUGGACCUGUGGUGCAUUGGGGUACUCUGCUACGAGUGCUUGGUCGGGAACCCCCCAUUUGAAACUGCCUCCCACUCUGACACUUACAAGCGUAUCACAAAGGUUGAUCUGCAGUUCCCCAAAGUGGUGUGUGACGGGGCUCGGGAUCUGAUCUCCAAGCUCCUCCGCCACAGCCCCUCCAUGCGCCUCCCUCUGCAGAGUGUCAUGGGACACCCCUGGGUGCGGGCCAACUCCCGCCGGGUCUUGCCUCCUGUCUGCCCUUCAAACAAGCCUUGAUCCUUAACAAUAUGGUCUGUUGGACCAUCUUUAUCCUGGAGUGGGUGACUUUCACCUGCUAAUCAGGACUCAUGGACUGUAUUUUUAUUUCCAUUACCAUUUAACACUGCCAGGCUCUGAAGAGAUGACUGUCAGUUACUUGCUACUUGUGUACAGUUAGUUCUGUUGUCUGUAUUUUAUAAAUGUUUAGCAUGCUAGGGAGUGGUAAUUGGUCAUUGCAGGUGGUUUAUUUGUAUUUUUAUCCUAUGCCAUAUUCACACUGAUGUACAAUUUCUCUCAACUGGUCAUGUGCUUUCUUAAACCAAAGAACCACUGAUGGCCAGUUAUGAGCGAAUUUAAAGGUGUCUUGUUUUGAUAGAACUUUUAUGGAAGGGAUGUCUGGAUAUGCAUACUGUCUAAUAAAUAUGUCAGUGUAUACGA